AUGAUCAGCUUCCAAUGGGCGUCUAGCGAUGUGUAUGCCAAUAACUUGCCCGCGGGUAUAAUAAAAUUACAGUUGCGCAAAUACCUGACGUGGUUUUGGAACCUGUACUCGUCGUCCGCGAUCUGGUGGCCCACGGACACCAUUCCGAUGCACCGGUCGAAAAGGUACCGUUUAAUGGUGGCCAGGUUCACGGCGUACGACCGCAGUUCCAGUUCGGUCCUGUACCGCAAGUUUUCCAGCGCGGCCAGUUUCGCGAACGCGGCGUCGAGCCGCUUCCGCUGGCGGUCCGUGCACUUCGUCUUGAACUCGUUCAGCCAGUUGAUGAUCANGAUCUUUGAAAGGAAAAUAUUAAGAAGGAUUUAUGGACCAUAUCAUGACCCGCAAACAGGUGAAUGGCGUAAAAGACACAACGAGGAGUUAUAUGACUUAUAUAGCAGACCGGAUAUAGUAAAGGAGAUAAAAAGAAAAAGAUUAGAAUGGGCAGGUCAUGUGUGGAGGAAACCUGAUGCUACGACAAAGACGGCCAUACAAGAGAAUCCAAGAGGGAAAAGACCACUAGGAAGACCCAGAAUGCGAUGGGAGGACUGUGUCAAAAAAGAUUUAACAGUUUUCUACCCGGAGGAAGAUUGGCAUAUACUAGCACAAAAUCGUGAAGGAUGGAGGCAAUUAUGUUUGGAUGUGUGGGCUAAAAGGCCGUAA